AUGGUUAGCUGGGAUCAUACCGCCGACAAGCGGCUCCUCGCGGCCAUCUACACGGCCUGCGGAGGAACCUUCGACUGGGAGGCUGCCGCCGACGAGUUCGGCGAUGGAUGCUCCGCCGAAGGAAUCAGACAGCACAUCCGUGCGCUGCGCAAGAAGGGCGGUCCCGGCUUCGGCACCUCCAAGUCGAACGAUCAGACCAAGGUCACCCCCAGCCCCAAGGCUCCUGCCACCCCCUCGUCCGGUGUCUCCAAGGCCAAGCGUGCUGGCACCCGCGCCACCCCUACCAAGGGCAAGAAGGAGCUUGUCAAGAUCGAGACAGAGGAUAAGAAGAAGUCUGUCAAGAACGAGACCGAGGGUAGUCCCUCCACAUCUGAGGAGGUGUAG